CCAACAGUUGUUAAGAUGCAUCUACUGCUGCUCAUCUUACUUGGGUCUUUUGCCGGAUUGCAUAGCUUAAGAUGCCGCUCCCAGGAUGGCGCCAGCGAUGCCGAGCUCAAAAGGAUCGUGCGAAGUUGCAUGCAACGCAGCAGCAGCAGCAGUAGUAACAACAACAACAAUCAGGAUGACAACGAUAGACAUUAUGGCAAUCCCAGAUAUAAUUUCGAUAGCUCCUACAAUGGCCAGGAUUACGGACAAGGACAGGGUCAGAGUCAACGUCAGCAGGAGCAUUCCUAUGAUAAUCGCUGGCAGCGCAGCUUGAAGCAAUCAGACAACAACAACAAUAACAACAACAAGGCGAACAACACCUCUGAAAUGGGCUCCUGUGUGGCACAGUGUUUCUUCGAGGAGAUGAACAUGGUCGAUGGCAAUGGGCAGCCGGAUCGUCGCAAGGUUAGCUAUUUGCUGACGAAGGAUCUGCGUGAUCGGGAGCUGCGAAAUUUCUACAUGGAUACGGUGCAGCAAUGCUUUCGCUAUCUGGAGCAGUCGCGCUACGGCAGCAACAACAACAACAACAAAUGCGCCCAGGCCAGGGAGCUAAUCAAAUGCAUGUCCGAAUA